AUGUCGCUGCUCGGCGCCGUGGCCCGCUCCGGGCCCGGCAUGAGGGCUGCCCUGGGCAUCGCUGGGGUGGCGCUGGGCACCACAGUGGCGGCAUGCGCCGAUGACACCGCCAAGAUGUUCGAUCCUGAGGCCCUGGAGCGGGGCGCCAAGGCCCUGCGGGAGAUACAGAAGAGCCCGUAUGCCAAAAAGCCGCGACUCAAGCUGCCCCAGCGCCUGUUCCGAGUGCAGGUGUUUGAGCAAAUCAAGUUCCAGGAGGCCACCAAGCAGCAGGAGCUGAAGGCCAAGGAAGCUGAGUUCCAGGCGCAGGCGCAGCAGGCAGCCAUCCAACACGAAAAGGUGCGGUGGGAGGAGCAGCGCAAGUCGAUGCAGCAGGACUCGCAGCAGAAGGCGCAGCUGGCGCAGUACCAGGAUGAGCUGGCCAGGAAGCGCAUGGAGACGGAGCACGAGAAGCAGCGGCAGCGCAACGUGGAGCUGGUGGCGCUGCAGGAGGAGUCUGGCAAGCGCGCGGAGGCGGAGAAGGCGGCGAUCGCGCAGCAGAUUGAGGCUGAGCGGCGCGCCACCGAGAAGUACAAGGCGGCGCUGGAGAAGGAGGUGCAGCGGGAGAAGGCGCUGGCGGAGGCAGAGGGACGGGCGGAGGAGCGGCGGCGCAACAAGGACAUCUACCGAGAGGAGCUGCAGAUCAAGCUGGAGGAGGACCGCAAGCGGCUGGUGGAGGCCAUCAACACCACCUUCUCCAACCUGGGCUCUGCAGCGCUGUCCCUGCUCACCGACCGAGACCGCCUGCUGACCGCGGUGGGCGGCCUCAGCCUGCUGGCGCUGGGCGUGUACUCAGGCCCCCCCGGCACCGGCAAGACCAUGGCCGCCAAGCGGCUGGCGCGCACCAGCGGCAUGGACUACGCAAUCCUGUCGGGAGGAGACGUGGCGCCGCUGGGAGGCAACGCCGUCACGCAGCUGCACGAGACGUUUGACUGGGCGGAGCGCAGCCGCAAGGGCCUGCUGCUGCUCAUAGACGAGGCGGACGCGUUCCUGAGCCGCCGCGGCGGCAACCUGUCUGAGGGCAGCCGCGCCGCCAUCAACGCCUUCCUGUACCGCACAGGCAAGGCGUCGCGCGACUUCUGUGUGGUGUUGGCAACCAACCGCCCCUCAGACCUGGACCCCGCAGUCAUCGACCGCACAGACGACGCAAUUGAGUUUGGGCUGCCGGGGGACGCGGAGCGGCACCGGAUACUGCAGGUGUACUUUGAGCAGUACAUCCUCAAGGCCGGCACCGCCGGCGGCGGCGCCGGCGCGGCGGCCGAGCGCGGCCUCUGGGCGCGGCUGGGCGCGGCGCUGCGGGGCCGGAAGGGCGGGCCCGACCGCAUCGCUGUGAAGGAUGUGGGGGACGAGGACCUUUGGUGGGCCGCAGAGCGCACGCAGGGCUUCUCGGGCCGCGAGCUGGCCAAGUGCAUGGCCUCUGUGCAGGCCAUGGCCUAUGGCAGCCACAAUGCGGAGCUCAGCUCCGCCACCUUCCGCCGCCUGGUGGAGGCAAAGGUGGGGGAGCACGGCAAGCGGCGGGCCUUCAUCGACGCCGGCGGCGGCGAUGCACCCUACUAG